AUGAAGUGGACCACGAUCCUCCUCGCCGCCACGACCGGCGCGGCCGCCGCCUCGGUCGACGACCUGCUCGCGAUCCAGGCCAAGCUCCCCAAGUGCUCAGUCGCCUGCAUCGCCAGCGGCGCCAAGGCCCUCGGGUGCAACGUCACCGACUUCGAGUGCCAGUGCGCAAACUACGAGGCCAUCAAGGACGAGACGGCGCCCUGCAUGGUUAAGGCUGGGUGCAACCUCACUGAAAUCACAACCGUCUCUUCGGUGGUCACGGAUCUAUGCUUCAACCAGCUCAAGACGAACACCACGCCCACGGCGGCCAGUACCAGCGUCAAGUCACUGCAGACUGAUACGAAGGGAUCCCUCGGUACGCCAAGUUCAGCGCCGCAGUCCUGGCUUGUGAGCGCCGUCAUUCUUGCCGGCAUCGUCGCCAUGUUAUAG